GCGCAGGCCCGGAGCGAGAGAUGCCGCUCUUUGCUGCUCGUGGCAGCCGGGCAGGCAGAUAAACGCGGGCGGGCGCAGGCGUGUGCAUGGCAGAUGGGUCUGCGCUGGCGUCGCAGGGAGGGGCAGGAACGGUCUCAACGAAGCUCAGAGGAACCAGAGCAGCCUCGUACCCCUGCCGUGCCUGCAGGGUGGUGGCAGAAAACAGUCCUGCUGAGGAUUGCAGCACUGAUGCCAUCUCUGGCUUCCUGGGCUGGUGUAAGAAGGUUGGUCUGGAGCUCAGCCCCAAGGUCUGUGUGAGCAGAGAAGGCACCGUGGCAGACUAUGGCAUGUUGGCCAGAGAGGACCUGGAGGUUGGAGAAGUCCUCUUCACCAUUCCAAGGGCAGUCCUCCUUUCCCAGCACACCACCUCCAUCCAGGCCCUCUUGGAGGAAGGCCAAGCAUCCUUGCAGAGUCAGUCUGGCUGGGUGCCUCUCCUCCUGUCCCUGCUGUAUGAGUACACAGCCAGAAACUCAUAUUGGCAGCCCUACCUCUCACUUUGGCCUGACCUGAAGAGCUUGGAUCACCCCAUGUUCUGGCCUGAAGAAGAGAGAGUACAGCUGCUGCAGGGCACGGGCAUCCUAGAAGCAGUGGACAAAGACCUGGCCAACAUCCACCUGGAGUACACCUCCCUCAUCCUGCCUUUCAUGGAGUCCCACCCAGACAUCUUUGAUCCGAAGCUGCACACCUUGGAGCUAUACCAGAGACUGGUGGCAUUCGUCAUGGCCUAUAGCUUUCAGGAGCCUCUGGAUGAAGAUGAGGAUGAGAAGGAGCCCAACCCUCCAAUGAUGGUGCCAAUGGCUGACAUCUUGAAUCAUGUGGCCAGUAACAAUGCCAACCUGGAGCACUCCCCGGAGUGCCUGAGAAUGGUCACGACACAGCCUGUCUGCAAAGGGCAAGAGAUCUUCAAUACAUAUGGGCAGAUGGCAAACUGGCAACUUGUGCAUAUGUAUGGCUUUGCUGAGCCAUACCCAGGCAACACCAACGAUACAGCUGACAUCCAGAUGGUGACAGUGCGCAAAGCAGCGUUGGAACGUGCCAGAACAGCAGCGGAGCAGCAGCUGGUGUCGGAGCAGUGGGAUUUCCUCUGCCAGAUGGAGAUGGUGGGGGAGGAAGGUGCUUUUGUGAUUGGCUGGGAGGAGGUGUUAACUGAGGAAGAGUUGUCCAUGACCCUGAAGGUGCUCUGCAUGUCUGUGGAAGAAUUUGAAGAGUUUAAAGAGAAAGAUGGCUGGGAGGAAGAUACCAGCGAGGAGGAGGAGAGCAUGCUGUCUAAUGAGAUGAUACGCAAGCUGAAAGCCUCGCGGAAGAAGUUGCUCCAUAACAGCGUGCUGCUGACCCUUGCAUCUUAUAAUUCAGACUUGAAUGCAGAGCAGGACUUGCUGAAUGACAAGGUGGCUUAUGGCAAACUGAGUCAGAGAGAGCAGCAAGCCUUACAUGUACGCUAUGGGCAAAAGAAAAUCUUGCACCAGCUGCUGGAGUUGGUGCAGUAGAGACAGAACUGCAUAGCAGGUAGCACAAAUGCAGUCUGGAAGUGCAGCUGGGGUCAGGCCACAGGCAAAGGAGCAUUGUACCAUCUGUACUAGGGCCAAUGGUGGGUAUGGCCACUGGGCUUCAGGAAGAGCAGAGGGCAAGAUUUAAAUGAAGUCUCUAGGUUUUCUGGAUUUGCUUUUUGUCUACCUCUUGUAUAUAUUUUAUAUAAAAGACCUGCCUUAAGGAUGUGGAAGUGAUUUAAUGUGGCCACUAAUUUCCAACCUUUGGAGGUAAAAACUUCCCCCCUAAAUCUCCUGUGAGAUCAGGAACCAACAUAGCAAAGUAGCAGAGAAUACCAGCAGUUCUUGCCUUGCUCAUAUUUGAGCUGUUUUAUUGUUUAUUCCUGUAAAUGAAGGAUUAAUUCCCCUUUAAGGCCAAUACUUUAUUGAAGCCACAGCUCUUCCAGGUUUCUAUGCCUUAAAUGGAUAUCUGCAAGGGAAACCUUAAGAGCAGCUGCAAAAUAAAUGCUCACCUCAGAGAUCAAGCUUUAAUAGUGCAGUAAGAACCUGUACAACUACUGGAUCUGCUGGUACCAUCUCUUCGGGCAGCUCAUACUUUGCCAUUUUAGGCUAAAGAAACUCAGUCUGGAUAAACUAAUGAUGGUUUAACCUCUCCAGUGUCAUCCUUUUGCAGGUCAAGAAGCAGCUAUGAAAUAAUCAGGUUUUCAGUAGCAUCCAGGUUCUUUAAAAAACAAAAAUGUACUUGGAUGCUAGUUGGUAAUAGUACUAUAGUACUAUGAUACAAAAAAAGCCCCAUAUCCACCAGUUGCUGCCAGGCAGGGGGAUGAUCCCUGCUGCCUCCCACUGCAGGGGGGUGGGGGGGGCUCUGCCAUGAGCCCUCAUCCUCUCCCAGCCCCCGGUUCUUAAAAAAAAAAGAGCCCUGCACUCUUUGGCUGCUGCAACAGCCUCAGGGCUUCUGGGAGCUUGUGGCAGAGCCCCUUAUACAGGGUGGGGGUUGCCCCCCUGCAACCAGGCAGCCCAUGAUAGGGCUUUAAAAAAUAAAAAAUAAAAAAA